GUUCUCCAUCAGUGCCGUGUUCCUGCUAGGGUCAAGGAAGUCUGUUUUCAGCCGAUGGGGGUGUCUUGCUAUGUCACAUUAUGGUACCGGCGUGGCCCCCCUGCCCGGGAUGUUUCCGUGUGCCUGCCCGUCGGACGUGGGACUCUGAGGGGUGUGAGCUCGGCACACAGUCCAGGGGGCGCCGUGUGGGACGCGGAGACGCUGACAUGAACCUGUGCUGGAGUGAGAUCAAACGCAAGUCGCACAGCAUCCGGGUACGUCUGGAGGCCUUAUCGGACAACAGUGGGAAGCUGCAGCUGUCUCUGCAGGAGAUCAUCGAGUGGCUGACUGGGAAGGACGAGGAGCUGUCAGAGCAGCUACCCGUAGGGGGCGACGUGGAGACCGUCCAACAGCAGAGGGAGCUACAUCAGGCCUUUAUGGAGGAAGUGAAGUCCAGGGGACCGUUCAUCUACUCGGUGCUGGAGUCAGCCCAGGCCUUCCUGACGCAGCACCCCUUCGAGGAGGCGGAGGAGACGCUGGCUGACAGUAAAGAUGCAUCGCCACGGCGACGGGCCCUGAACGUGAGCCGUGCCGUGUGGAAGCAGGCCAGCGUGGCGGGCGACCUGUGGGAGAAGCUGACAGCACGUUGCGUGGACCGGCACCGGCACAUGGAGCUCACGCUGGAGCAGCUGCUGCAGGCACAGGCCGCCAUGGGGGGGCUGGCUGGCGCUCUGCAGCAGGCCGAGAGCGUGCGCGACUCCUGGGAGCCCGUGGGCGACCUCUUCAUCGACGCUCUGCAGGAGCACAUUGAUGCCACCAAGCUGUUUAAGGAGGAGCUGACUCAGGUGAAGGAGGGCAUGCAGCACAUCAAUGACCUGGCACACCAGCUGGCCGUCUCGGACGUGCACCUGACUGUGGAAAACGCCCGUUGCCUGGAGCAGCUCAACAGUCGCUGGAAGCUCCUGCAGAACUCCAUCGAGGAAAGGCUAAAGCAGCUGCAGGAUGCCCACCGAGACUUUGGCCCUGGGUCACAGCACUUCCUCUCCAGUUCAGUGCAGAUGCCGUGGGAGCGAGCCAUAUCGCCUAACAAAGUGCCAUACUACAUCAACCAUCAGGCCCAGACAACCUGCUGGGACCAUCCAAAGAUGACAGAGCUGUACCAGGCGCUGUCGGAUCUGAACGACAUCAAAUUCUCUGCGUACCGGACGGCUAUGAAGCUUCGGCGGGUGCAGAAAGCCUUGAGGCUGGACUCGCUGCCGCUGGCCAGCGUGGUGGAUGUCUUCCGGGAGCAGGCGCUGGAGCAGCUAGAACACAGCAUGGACGUGGUGGAGGUGAUCCACGCACUGACGGGCCUGUAUGAGCGACUGGAAGAGGAGCGCGGUGCCCUCAUCAACAUCCCACUCUGCGUCGACAUGUGCCUCAAUUGGCUGCUCAAUGUGUAUGACAGUGGUCGCAAUGGGAAAGUACGGGUCUUGUCCUUCAAGACAGGUCUGGUGUGCCUUUGCAAAGCUGACAUCCAGGACAAAUACAAGUACCUGUUCAGCCAGGUGUCGGGGCCCGGUGCGCUCACAGACCAGCGGCACCUCAGCUUGCUGCUGCAUGAGGCCAUCCAGAUCCCACGCCAGCUGGGCGAGGUGGCUGCCUUUGGGGGGAGCAACGUGGAGCCCAGCGUGCGCAGCUGCUUCCGAGUGGCCCCGGGGCGGUCCGCCAUCGAGCUGGCCCACUUCCUGGAGUGGAUGAGCCUGGAGCCGCAGUCGAUGGUGUGGCUGCCGGUGCUGCACCGUGUGACGGCCGCCGAAUCGGCCAAGCACCAGGCCAAGUGCUCCAUCUGCAAGCAAUGUCCAAUCAAAGGCUUCAGGUACCGCAGUCUGAAGCAGUUUAACGUGGACAUCUGCCAGACGUGCUUCCUGACAGGACGCACCAGCAAGGGCACACGGCUGCACUACCCCAUUAUGGAGUACUACACGCCGACCACCUCUGGGGAGAAGAUGCGCGACUUCGCCAAGACGCUCAAGAACAAGUUCCGGUCCAAGCAGUACUUCAGCAAGCAUCCACAGAGAGGCUACCUUCCCGUGCAGUCUGUGCUGGAGGCAGAGGCCGUGGAGAGCCCCGGCUCCUCCCCCAAGCUCCCGCACGCCGACACGCACUCCAGGAUCGAGCACUUCGCCAGCAGACUGGCAGAGAUGGAGAACCAGACCUGCACCUUCUUCACAGGCAGCCUGUCUCCCGACGAAAGCCUGGAUGAAGAUCAGUACCUCCUCCGUCACUCCAGUGCUGCCCUCGAUCUGGACUCCCCCACGGGACAGCAUAUCUUGGGCGCCAUCGACUGUGGGGACAAGGACGAGCUGCAGAGGACGCUGGAGCGGCUGGAGAAUGAGAACAGGGUCCUGCAGGGGGAGUACCGGCGACUGAAGUGGAGGCACGAGGAGGCUGCAGCCUCGCCGCAGCUACUGGGAGGACCGCCUGGCUCACCAGCGAGUCACCAGGACGAGGAGCUGCUGGCGGAGGCGCGGGUGCUGAGGCAGCACAAGACCCGGCUGGAGACCCGCAUGCAGAUCCUGGAGGACCACAAUAAGCAGCUGGAAUCCCAGCUGCAGAGGCUCAGGGAGCUGCUGCUUCAGCCCAAAGAUGAUUCGGAGGCCAAUGGAUCAACGGCGUCCUCCCUGUCUUCGCCUGUGUCGGCGGGCGGUUACCCACGGCGACGGCACAGCCGAGAGACCCCAGACACAGAGGACGCUGGGGACGAUGAGAAUGAGGACCAACGUGACACGGUGCUGCAGCUACAGGAGGUCAUCGAGCAGCUGCGUAAUGUCUUCCCGUCCGAGGCAGGCGCAUCCAGGAUGAGGCCCGAGCGGCAGGCCGCUCCUCGCUCGUGAGUGAAGGAGAAGGACGUUCCACGCCCGACAGAGGGUAAGACAACAAGUUCCCUGGGAGAGACUGCAGCUGGAGCUUACGCUCAGGACCAUGUGACCCACGUUCAUCAAGCGCCUCGUGUUCCAGCCUCGACACCAGUGUGGUUCCAGAAGCUCGUUGCCGUGUCAACACUGUGUUUACCAGCUUUGGGUCCAUAUGAGCUGUGAAGCUUUUUUUUUUUUAAACUCAUGGGGCACGAAACUGAGCUCCGUCUGCACAGGGGACAGAGGAGUGGUCUGCUGUCCCCAAUGUCUCUGUUUCCUUGAACUCCAUCUCACUGCGGCAGAGAAUGGACAGACAGAGCUGUAAGUGACUGUCAUUGUCAGGUGGUGCGUUUUUUUAUCAGCCCCACCCCUGCUGACCCCCCCUGCCCCCACCCCACGGGGUGCUAAGGCAGAAUUGCUGGCCCCAGGUGAAAUAAAGGACUUCAAGCACAGUUCACAUGCCUUAAAACCCUGGGAGAGUCUGCGGACGAUGGUGCGACCCUGGGUCUCCUUUACCACUGUCCCAGUGGCAUUUGUGGAGACCAUAAAUGCACUCGAGCAUCUUCACGACUGAGAAGGAAAUGUCUUAUGGUGAACUGCAGGGCGCUUGAAGGUGACUCUGUGGUAAAAACCAGGAAAAGCAGGUGGCAAAGCAGAGUAGCGUGAGGAAGCCGGUUAGGAAAUCACCGAAGACCGUAUAGUUUUACAUGGUAGCACCAGUGCCAUUUACUGUAACUGACCCAUCCCAGAUUGAAGUGUGUUGUUGUAUGAAUUCAGGACAUGUAGUUCAGCAGUGCUGGUCACCCCAAUAGGGUUCACCGACCUCACCACCAAACACGAAUGUUGGCAAUAAUCCCGUUCCGCAUCUGUAUGGCUCUUCUACCCAUUGUUCUGCUUCGGGUACCUUAACAUGCAGAGAUUGCUGCUUGUUGUGACUUGGUUACUAGGCAACUGUCUCAGCUACAGAACGCUUUCAAGGUGGGGUUGUGUUUUGUAGAAAUAAUAAAUCUCCAUAUGUUACGGCGAUUGAGCGGCUGGCGGAGCGUCUAGUCCCCCAUCGUGCCUCUGUGUUGACACCUCCCCCCUCCCCCCAAUCACUCUUCCAGAUCAGCAUCAUUUCACCACAGAGGGAUAUGAGGGUCAUCAGUGUUUUGCCCACGUGCUUGAAAUCACACAUAUUCUUAGGUCCUUAAACCUUUUAUUGUACUUGGUGAACAUAAAUAAGCACAGCUAACUGCAUUUUCAGUAUUUGGCAAUUCAGCCAGGAAGUGGUGAUUGGUGACUGAGAAACGUAUUGUUGAGAAGUAACCUGUAAUGGAUGAAGGGGAGGUCAUGUGACCCCUGUAUUUGCUGUGACUGUGUGUGAAUCCUAUGGAUUUACAGCAGGAAGUGCUCAUGCUCUCUCUCAGCUGCUAUCACGUUUUAUUCUCAAAGCAGACAGUUCAUUCGCUAUUCCAUUCAUUCAAUAAUGACACAAUUUGUUUUUGUAGAAACUAAAAAGAAGCGAUUUUUAAAAUGGAAGCAUUAUAAAUGGUUGCUUUCUACUGACGUGUACAGAAAUAAAUUUGUAUUUGUCAUAAGCAA